AUGGCGAACACUGCACCAACCAAAACUGAGGGUGGCGGCGACCCAAUGGCUGGCCUUGUGCACAGCGAGGCACACUACUUCAACAGUUACAACCACCACGGCAUUCACGAGGAGAUGCUGAAAGACGAAGUGCGCACCWAGUCCUACCGCGAUUCCAUCUACAACAACCGCCAUCUCUUCAAGGACAAGGUCGUUCUCGAUGUCGGCUGCGGAACCUCCAUUCUCAGCAUGUUCGCCGUCAAGGCCGGCGCCAAGCACGUCAUCGGCGUGGACAUGUCCACCAUCAUCUACAAGGCUCGCGAGAUCGUCGAGGCCAAUGGAAUGUCCGACAAAAUCACACUGCUGCAGGGCAAGAUGGAGGAGGUGGAGCUGCCUUUCCCAGAGGUCGACAUCAUCAUUUCCGAGUGGAUGGGAUACUUCUUGUUGUACGAGAGCAUGCUGGACACCGUGCUGUGGGCCCGUGACAAGUACCUGCGCAAGGAUGGCCAGGGCUUGAUCUUCCCUGACAAGGCCACCAUCUUCAUGGMCGGUAUUGAGGAUGGCGAGUACAAGAACGACAAGAUUGGAUUCUGGGACAACGUCUAUGGAUUCGACUACACUCCUCUCAAGCUCACCGCCCUCACCGAACCCCUCGUCGAUACCGUCGAGMUCAAGGCCGUCGUCACCGAUCCCUGCGCCGUUCUUACCCUCGACCUCUACACUUGCACAGUUGCCGAUCUUGCGUUCUCCCUCCCAUACAACCUCUCUGUCCGCCGGACAGACUACAUUCACGCUUUGGUCGCCUGGUUCGACAUUGAGUUUUCCGCCUGCCACAAGCCCGUACGCUUCAGCACCGGCCCACACACCAAGUACACCCACUGGAAGCAGACUGUCUUCUACCUCGCCGAUGUCCUCACCGUCGAGGCCGGCGAGCAGGUCACAGGCCAGCUUACCUGCCGUCCCAACGACCGUAACCGGAGAGAUCUGGACAUUGCGAUUGACUACAAGCUCAACACUGAGGAGGAGGGACGGAUCGCUGAUGGGCAUUGCGAGUACAAGAUGUGCUAA